AUGAUUUUUGAUUUGGGGACAUCUCCCAUCAAAUCCGAUGCCUAUGACAGCUACAAUUCUCCAAGUCCAAGAAUGUACCAUUCAAUGCAAGCAAUGAAUAAUAAUUUAUAUUUGUUUGGUGGGCUGGGCUCUAAUCAAGAGCUUUAUAAUGAUUUAUGGACUUUUGACUGUGUUGAUGAAACUUGAAAAACGAUUGAUGCAAUUGGAAAUAUCCCUCCCAAACGCUAUGGCUAUGCAUCAGCGGCUAGUGCAGAUUUAAUGCUCGUGUGGGGAGGAUAUGGAGUAAACGGGUAUUUAAAUGAUGGGUACUUACUUGAUAUUACGUCAAAUGCAUGGCAUACCAUGACAUAUUCAGGAGAUGUUCCAAGUCCAAGAGUAGGUGCAUGUGGUGCCCAGAUGGGAUCAAAAAUCGUUAUAUAUGGUGGAUUAACAGAAUCAGGGCUUUCUGAUGAGCUAUGGGUCUAUGAUUUGACGACUUAUCAGUAUACACUUUUAGAUUAUAACAAUACGAAAGGGCCUGGAAAAUUAUAUUAUGCUACUUGCAGAAUGUCUACAUCAACUCCGAAUUUUGUAUAUGUGCUGUAUGGAGAAACUGAAGAUGAAAAGCCACUGAAUGGAGUUUUUACUUUUAAUAUGUCAAGUAAAGCCUGAAUCGCUAAUUAUACAGAUACAGUAGAUCUUACAUGGGCAAGGGCCAAAAGCUCAGUUUAUAAGCUAAAAACUAGAAUUCUAGUUAUAGGAGGAGAAUCGUUUGGAAAUGAGCCAAAAAACGAAAUUUUUUACUUAUUCUCGACUUUAAAUUAGAAUAAAAAAUCCAUUUCCAAUUUACAGAAUAUUUAUUUUAAAAUAAAUUAUAUUAAAUUUUUUAUCAUAAAAAUUUGCUGCAUUUAUUAGAAGGAAAUGAUGAGAAAGCCAAUUAGUAUUGAAUUGAGAGUGAAGAAGUUAUGUCUAAAAAUUAAAUAAAGUGGGCUAGUGUUCCAAAAAAUGCAGAUAGGAAAGUUAGACACAAACAAUAACGAGCAUUCUCAAAUUGGAAAACUAGAAAGUUCUAUUUAUGCAGCAGCUUUUGCAUAUUUUCAAAACUAUGUGUAUAUACAUGGUGGAGGAACAGCAGUUGGCUCAAUAUUAAGGUUUAAUGUGCCUUCUAAUAAAUUCAUAAGAAUUCACUUACUCUCCUUAAAAUUAAAACAAAAUAUUCUGUUCAAAUUUAAUUUUAUGUGAAUUGCUGGAUCUUUUUUUUGGAGCCAGUAUUCCAAUUUAGAAUGGAGGCGUUAUGAUCCGAUUGCACUGACAAUACAACUUGCUUUUGGGCCUGCAGUCCAGGGACUUAUAGAAGUGAUAACUGCAUUAUAUGUCCUCCCGGGACUUAUUCUGAUGGAUUUAACCAUACUUUUUGUGAUAAAUGCCCUCAAGGGAAGUAUAAUGGCCAUUAUGGCGGAACAUCAAAAGACUUAUGCUACCCAUGCCAAGAAGGCACUUAUAGCAGUCAAAAAGGAGCUGCUGCUUGUUUGGACUGUCCAUAUGGAUCAAUUUGUGACGUGGGGAGUGUAAAUUACACCUAUCAAUUAAAAACCUACGACGAUAAAUCAAUACAGCCAGCUCUUUACUCUCCAAAUACAGACCAAAUACAUAAUGAUACCCUAAUUAUUCAAAGCACAGUUGGUUUUUCAGGCUUGAUCGUUAUUUUAGUAUUAAUUUUUGUAAAAAAAGGGCAAAGCUUGCUAGAAAGUAUUGACUUGUACACAACGAAUCAUAAUCAUUUAGUCGGACAAGUUAUGUAUUUAAAGCAGACUUGGCUUGGAGGAGCUUUUAGCAUAAUUUUUAUAUUUCUCGCAAUUAUAGCAGUUGGGACAGCUUUGGUAAAUUAUUCUCUGAAUAAUGUAUAUGAGUCUAAAAGUUUAGUUCCAUUAGUAGUGCUUGAGCAAGAUGUUUCAAAUGUGAGGUAUAUAUAGUUUAUUGGAGACUUUACAAUAGCAGUUACCUUAAUUCAUUACGGAGGGACUUGUGUGUCAGCUAAUGCUUGUUCAUCUGAGCUCUCCCAAACUAUUACUGGGAUUAAUGGAAUUUUCAGUAAAUCUGUAUGUAAAGCUUAUGACAAUGGAGAUUGUGACAUCUCUUUUAGGUGCAAAAAUUGUGAAGUGUUAAGCUACGCACAAAUUUCAUAUGCCAUGAAUAACCAAAACGGUUAUGUCUCAGGUUUUUCUGUCAAUGUAACAGCUUCUUCUUCAAUUCCUAAUGAAAAAAGCAGCUACAAGACAACUAUUGAGCCAUCUAAAAAUUUUGUGUUUAUGGGAACAGUCCCAUCUGUAGUUUAUUUUUAUACAAUUCCUUCGGUAGCAUUUAUUUAGUAUUACUCACUCCCCCCCCUUUAAAUUGGAACUAAAAUUUUGUUUCAAUUUAAAGGGGGGUUAAUUUUUUUUUUAAAAAAAAUAUCAAUAUAAAAUUUUUUAUAAAAAAUAUACAAAUUUUAAAAAAAAAAAAAUUCAAAAACUUAUCGAAUUAGAUCAAUAAAUUUGUUUAAUAAAACGCUAUUUACUCUUUAUCCUUUAAAAAAAAGCAAGAUAUAACUAAAUUUUUAUUAUUAGUUAAUACGCCACUAUUAAUUGGUAUCAAAAUUAUUUACACAAAAAUUAUUAUUUUUAUUGAUAAAAAAAAUUAAAAAAAGCAAAAUUUUGGAAAAUUUAUCGAUCAAAGUGCUAAUUUUGUUUAAAUAAGAUUUAUUUAUACUCUAUUCUUUAAAAUAAAGCAAGAAAUAAGUAAAUUUUGAAAUUUUAUAAAGAAUUCCUAUUGAAUUUAUAUCAAAACUAUCCAAAUAAAAAAUAUCAUUUUUAUCAAAAAAAAACAAAAAUUUUUAAAAAAAAAAUAAAUUUUUUUUUAAAAUUUAGCAAUUAAGGAUAAUAAAUUUAUUUAAAUAAGAUGCUCUUUAUACUUUUUUCUUUAAAAAAGAGCAAGAUAUAACUAAAUUUUUAAUUUUAGUUUAAGAAGAAACAUUUAACUUAUAUCAAAACUUUUAGAUAAAAAUUAUAUAUAAUUUUUUUAUUAUAAAAUUAAAUUUUGUUCCAAUUUAAAGGGGGGUUAAUUUACCAAAAAAGUGGAAAAUUUUACCUAUAUUUUGUUCCAAUUUAAAGGGGGGGGAGUCAGAACCCCAAACUGAUAAAAAUCAGACAGGAUAUCAUAUGUCCUUAAAGCAAGCAUCAGAAAAAGGAUCAGAGUAUCAAGCAUUUGAGUAAAAUUUACGCAGGCUUGGUUUAGCAUUUAAUUCAUACUUAAAUAUUAAGUUUGACAUCGGAACGAAUGGACUUGUGACAACGAGAAAUGUCCGCCAAACAUGGAUUAUUUUAAUUACUACACUUUUAGGGUCUGUUUUUGGAAUUAUGGGAAGUAUUGGAGGGAUAAUGAAGCUAGCUGAGAAGAGAUGGACUGAAAUUAAAAAUAAAGUGAACAAUAAAGCAGCUUUAAUAAAAGCUGAAGAAAACUCAAAUGCCAUAUCUAGCUCAUAUGAAAGUCCAUACAGCUUUGAAGAUAUUUCACCUUUGCCAUCAACUCCUGAAAAAUCUCCAUCAAUGAAGUAUUUGAUAAUUUAA